AUGCUGGGCGCUGCUCUCCACCGCUGUGCGGUAGCAGCCAUAGCCUGGGCCCGGCCCGGGGGCCUCCUACAGCCCGCGGGUGCUCCCAACCCUGUGGUCGCUAUCCAGUUGGCUCGCUUCUAUUCCCUUGGGUCGCACGAGACAGAUGAGGAGUUCGAUGCUCGCUGGGUGACAAACUUCAACAAGCCAGAUAUAGAUGCCUGGGAAUUGCGUAAAGGGAUGAACACGCUUGCUGGUUGUGAUCUGGUUCCAGCAGCCAAAAUCACUGACGCUGCUUUGCGGGCAUGCAGACGGUUAAAUGAUUUUGCUAGUGCUGUUGGGAUUCUAGAGGUGGCUAAGGACAAAGCAGGACCUCAUAAGGAAAUCUACCCCUAUGUCAUCCAGGAACUGAGACCAACUCUGAAAGAAAUCUCCACUCCAAAGGAGCUGGGCCUUGACAAAGUGUAACCUACAGACUGGCUACCUUCUCAAGGAUUUCUUGACAGUGCUACUUGAUUGUAAAAAAUCACCUGGAAAUGCUGAUGAUAACAUAUUACCUUAUUUGAACAAGUUUUCCUUUA